AUUGACGAUACGCCGCAGGAGAAAGAGUUCAUGAUACUCCAUAACAAGUUUCGCGCAAAAUUCCGACAUUUGAUUGUGGGAACUAAGCUUACGCUUGAUUUUUAUACGAGAUUUGUGGAGACAUGUGGUGCAGAGAUGAAGAAGAAGCGUAUCAGAGCCCAUUGUGUAGCUAGGCUUACCCGACUGGUCCAGCAGGACAAAAUGACGCCAACGAAUAUGGCUAUGCUCACCCAAAAACUCUACGAGUUAGGGCCAAAUGAGUGA